UUCAACAUCCAAACCGUAGUUUGAAUCCUACAGUUCUAAACAAGUAUUACUUGGCCGAAAUCCUUUGGUAACCGUUCACGGAUUUUCUGGAAAUAAUUGGUAGUGUCGCUUAUAAUGCCAGUUAAUCGUCGAAGGAGAUCAGGCUCAAAGUUCGUCGAUGUUAACGAAGAAUCCCCUAUUGUCAAGCAAGUGCCUUUUGACGUCCUUAAGGGUCAUGGUUCAGACUUAAAUAGGGUUAAUUAUCAGGGCAGUGAAUCUAGUCUUAAUUUGAUGUCAGAUGAUGUAAAAAAUCUUAGUUUAAAGGAGGAGCAAAGGCCUGAAUUACUAGGAAAGAGCAUGUUGCCUAUAGUCCAUGUUGUUGGCCCAGAGCUACCAAAGGUUGAACUGAGUUAUUUCGAUGGAGAGCCAAACGGUUAUUGGAAGUUCAUAAGGCAAUUCGAGACGUAUGUAGCAUCAAGAGUCACGGAUGAUAGCCAGCGCUUGCUCUAUUUGAUACACUACUGUAAGGGCAAGGCUAAAACAGCUAUUGAAGGUUGCGUCAUGAUGGAGUCAUCCUCUGGCUAUAAAAGAGCAAGGGAGAUUUUAAAACGUUUUUUCGGACAGCCUCACGUAAUUGCUCGAGAAACACUAGAGGACUUAUUCAGUGCUGUGAAUUUUGAGUAUAUUGACGGGGACCAACUAUCAAACUUGGCUAUUAAAAUGGAAAACUGUGCCAUGGUCUUGGAACAGAUGAAUUAUACUUCUGAUCUAAAUUCCUUAGUUACCUUGGAAAGAAUAGUGAAACUCUUGCCUCAACCUAUGCAAGCCCAGUGGGCGGACUGGGUGGAUAAAUUGAUCGAAGAUGAUAGAGAGCCGACGUUUCACGAACUCACUCAGUUUAUCGCAUCGCGUGCGAGAAUGGCUUGUAGUAGAUUUGAACGGUUAGCAAACCGUUCUAGAAAAGAACACAACGUAAAGACGAACUGUCACGUGCAAUCAGAGCAAGAGGAUUGUUCGACAAUGAAAACUAAAUGCAGUAUGUGUUCCUACGACCAUGCCAUUGAUAAAUGUCCAGAGUUCUUAGCGCUUACAGUUCAAGACCGAUGAUCUCACACUAAAAGCAAGGGUACCUGUUUCGUCUGUCUUAGACAAGGACAUAAAGUUAAGGAAUGUAAGAUGACAAAGCGUUGUAACGUUGAGGGUUGUGAAAAGAAACACCAUUCUUUGUUGGACAGCGAGAGUGAGAAACCUGGUAUCUCGAAUUGUUGCGGAUAUACUAAAUCACUAAUGGAGAAUUACUUAGUGAAUUUAAAAACAGCAGUAAAGUAGUAAGCCAUGAUGAUCUGAAUGGUUUAUCGUUGAUAAUGCUUGAUGGGUUACUCUGCGUUGCAGGUCGACUAAGAUACUCAGAUUUCCCAAAUGCCUUUAGAUAUCCAGUAAUUUUACCUAGUCGACACUUAGUGACGGAAAUGAUAAUUAGACAUUGUCAUAAAGAACAAGGACACGUAAGAAGAUCAUUAGAAAAAAGGUAUGGAUAUGUGUUUACUUGUUUGCAAACAUGGGCAGUACAUAUUGAAAUGAUGUGUAGUUUGAUUACUGAUUCAUUUUUAAUGGCUCUAUUACGUUUUAUUGGAAGAAGAAGGAAACCUCCGGAGAUUUACAGUGACAGUGCGUCAAGC